AUGAAGAACUUUGCACCCGCCGCAUCCAUCGCCGUGGCACUGGGGAGCUUGCUAUUUGGAACUGUAACAGCUCAGGAUGUCGACCCAAUUGUCAUCAAAGGCACGAAGUUCUUCUACAAGACCAAUGGCACUGAAUUCUACAUCAAAGGCAUUGCUUAUCAGCAGGACUUCGUCUCGGACGGCGCAAACUCCAGCAAUGGCUACACUGACCCGCUCGCUGAUCCCGCUGGUUGUUCGAGGGACCUUCCAUACCUUGUGCAACUCUCCACAAACACCAUCCGUGUGUACGCAAUUGACCCCACGAAAGAUCACUCCGAAUGCAUGAACAUGUUUGCAAACGCCGGCAUCUAUGUCAUCGCAGAUCUUGGCUCGCCCUCUGAAUCUAUCGACUCUAACAACCCAACGUGGACUACCGAGAUCUACGAGCGCUACACAGGUGUUGUCGAUGCUCUGGCAAACUACACAAACACCCUAGGCUUCUUCGCCGGUAACGAGGUCAUCACUCAGCCUAACAACACCUUUGCCGCUCCUUUCGUGAAGGCCGCUGUCCGUGACACGAAGGCGUACAUCAAGUCCAAGUAUCGCGCUAUCGGAGUUGGCUAUGCGGCAGAAGAUAACCAGUACGUUCGCGAUGCCUUGUCCAACUACAUGAACUGUGGUUCGGACCAGGAUGAUGCGGUCGAUUUCUAUGGCCAGAAUGUCUACUCCUGGUGUGGCGACUCCUCGUUCACGCAAUCUGGAUACAACGUGCGUGUUGAGGACUACCAGAACUACACAGUCCCUGUAUUCUUUGCUGAAUAUGGAUGCAACACCGCUGGAACUCGGUUAUUCACCGAAACACCAGUGCUGUACGGCCCUAUGAUGGACGGCGUCUUCUCCGGCGGUAUUGUGUAUUUGUACUUCCAGGAGGCUAACAAUUAUGGCCUUGUUUCUGUGUCUGGCAGCUCGGUCUCAACCCUACCUGAUUUUGGCAACCUCAAGACGGAAAUUGCAACGGUCUCACCUAGCAUCGUCACCAGCGCAUCUUACACUCCGAGCAAUACCGUCCCACGCUCUUGUCCUACCGGGUGGGCGAACUUUACUGCCGCCGCAUCUCCGCUUCCUCCUUCUCCAGAUGCGGGUCUUUGCGAGUGUAUGUACAACUCCCUGGGCUGCACGGUCGCUCCAGAUGUUUCAGAAGAAAGCUAUGGCGACCUUUUUGGCUACGUAUGCGGCCUGCCAGGUGGUGCCUGCGAUGGCAUUGCGGCAAAUGGCACCACGGGUACCUAUGGACAAUUCGGCAUGUGCAACUCUACCCAACAGCUCGGCUACGUCUUGAACCAAUAUUAUCUGGCGCAGGAUAGCAGCCCAAGCGCUUGCAGCUUCUCAGGCUCCGCCGUAACUCAGGCCGCUGCUACUCCAAGUGGCAGUUGCCGAGAUCAAUUGAGCUCGGCGUCGGUUGCUAUCAGUGCUUCUGGAGGCUCUGGAGGCUCUCGUGGUUCGAGUGGUGCCUCAUCGUCCAGUGCAGGAGCCACUGGCAUGAACAAUGUUAUUCACCCUGCUAUCGGCUCACUGGCUUUCUGGCUCUUUGUGCAACUGGCUGUGGUCUCUGGUAUCGGAAUGAUAAUGUUGUAA